UUUCCUCCACAGAGGGUUAGAGCUGCCAUCAGCCUCUUUGUCUGUAGGUCUCUGAUCGAGUGUGUGACAGAAAAUACCCACCAGGAUGUCUGAUUUAAAGGAGAUAUGCAGCGGUUUGCCUCUGGACCCUCUGCCAGCUAACAGGGGAAGAGAUCCUAAUGUACCACAUGCACCAAUUAGGACCCCCAACCUGACAGCAGAAGAGGAGCGGUUGGCACUGAGAAAUGCUCUGCGUUAUUUCCCUCCAUCCCAUCAUGCAACGCUGGCGCCGGAGUUUGCUCAAGAGCUGCGGCAGUACGGCCAUAUUUACAUGUACCGCUUCUGUCCUACGUUACGUAUGAGAGCUUAUCCAAUAGAUCAGUACCCGUGUCGCACACGCCAAGCAGCCUCCAUGAUGCUGAUGAUCAUGAACAAUCUGGACCCUGCCGUUGCUCAGUUUCCCCAAGAGCUUGUCACCUAUGGAGGAAAUGGACAGGUGUUCAGUAACUGGGCUCAGUUCCGCCUCGUGAUGCAUUACCUGAGUGAGAUGACAGAGGAGCAAACUCUGGUCAUGUACAGCGGUCACCCCAUGGGCUUGUUCCCCAGCCUGCCCUCCUCACCUCGCGCCAUCAUCACCAACGGCAUGGUUAUUCCAAAUUACUCCUCCAGAGAUCAGUAUGAGAAGAUGUUUGCACUUGGUGUUUCAAUGUAUGGUCAAAUGACAGCAGGCAGCUACUGCUACAUUGGGCCUCAGGGGAUUGUUCACGGCACUAUGCUGACGGUGCUGAAUGCCGGUCGGAGGUACCUGGGCUCUGGUGACUUGAGGGGUCGUGUGUUUGUGACCUCAGGCCUGGGAGGCAUGAGUGGAGCUCAGGCUAAAGCUGCUGUCAUUUCCGGCUGUAUUGGUGUUAUUGCGGAGGUGGAUGAGGCGCCUCUGAGAAAGAGACACGAGCAGGGCUGGCUGAUGGAGGUCACCAGCAGCAUGGAGCAAUGCAUCAAACGCAUCAGAGAAGCCAGAAGAUCCAAGACUCCUCUCAGUCUGGGUUACCAUGGCAACAUCGUUGACUUGUGGGAGAGGCUCGUGCUGGAGUUUGAGCGGACCGGAGAGCUGCUGGUGGACCUGGGCUCAGACCAGACCUCACUUCACAACCCGUACAAUGGAGGCUACUACCCAGUCCAGCUCAGCUUCAGACAGGCCAACCAGCUCAUGUCCACAGAUCCUGACCGCUUCCGAAGCAUUGUCCAAGAAAGCCUCCGGAGACAAAUAACGGCUAUCAACAAGUUGUCUGAUGCAGGUAUGUUCUUCUGGGAUUAUGGCAACGCAUUCCUGCUGGAGGCCCAAAGAGCUGGUGCGGAUGUCAAAAAAGUUGGUGGGGGAGCAACAGAGUUCCGCUAUCCUUCAUAUGUCCAGCACAUUAUGGGGGACAUUUUUUCUUUGGGCUUUGGCCCGUUUCGCUGGGUUUGCACAUCUGGUGACCCCCAAGAUCUCGCUGUAACUGACAACAUUGCAGCUACUGUCCUGGAGGAAAUCAGUGCCAGUGUGUCCGAUCGUAUCAAACAGCAGUACAGUGACAACAUCCGCUGGAUCAGAGAGGCUGGAAAACACAAAAUGGUUGUGGGAUCCCAAGCCAGAAUCCUUUACUCCGACCAAAAGGGACGAGUCUGCAUCGCUUUGGCUAUCAACCAGGCUAUCGCUGAUGGAAGAGUUUCAGCACCAGUGGUUAUCAGCAGAGACCACCAUGAUGUCAGCGGCACUGACAGCCCCUUCAGAGAGACCUCUAAUGUGUACGAUGGUUCUGCUUUCUGUGCAGAUAUGGCCGUCCAGAACUUUGUCGGUGAUGCCUUCAGAGGUGCCACAUGGGUGGCCCUGCACAAUGGAGGUGGUGUUGGCUGGGGCGAGGUAAUGAACGGAGGAUUCGGUUUGCUGCUGGACGGCUCAGAGGAGGCGGCAAAGCGUGCCAGGCUGAUGCUCAACUGGGACGUCUCUAAUGGGGUGGCUCGUCGCUGCUGGUCUGGAAACUCGAAUGCUUACGAGACCAUCCAGCGCACCAUGGAGGGCGACAGGCAGCUGCGUGUCACUAUGCCUUUUCCUGUGCAGGAUGAGCACGUGCUGGACCGUGCACUGCAGGGAUAGACAACACUGUCGCAUAAUGUAGAAGGCCUCAUCCACAUGUUGAAAUCAGACACCAUAACCCCCACAAAGGCAGCUCAAUACACUGAAAACCCGUCAAUACUGCAGAUGUUAAUAAAUCAGUCACAAUGAAAUAAGCUGUCUGCCUUGAAGACACAGAACACUACUCAGCUGUUAAUAAUUUAUAAGCAAUAAUAUAUUCUGUAUUUUAGUGAUGGAAAUGAAACUGUCAGUCUUUAUUAAUAAUAAAUUCAAGAUGAGUUA